GCUGCGAUUUUAUUAUUUUAGAACACUCGAAUGCUCACUGGCAACUUGAGACUAUUUUUUUUAAACGGGACUGCAAGACAGCGAGUCAUCGUAAUAAUAUACACCUUUAAAUCCCAUCGUUAUUGCGCUCCGAUUUUGGACUAAGCUGGGGGAAGCGAUGGACGUUAUACACUCUUCUACCUAAAGGACACCUGAAACCCGUCUGUGAAAAAUAAUUCUGAUGAAUGGAAUUCGGCCUCCUAGCGAUAUUCAACUAAUGCCGCCCUGAGCCGGACCCUAUAGUUUCAUAACUAUCGUGUUAUAGAUGCUGAGUCUCAUCGGCAAAUGUCAUCGGUGUAGUUUUCAAAAUGGUGUACAUACAUUUAUCAAAUGAGACUCACUUGUUAGGCUAAAGUGUGUGCUUUGCGGAACUUUAAUGAGUCAAAUCGACUAGUUACUUUGCACAAACUAGCUAAAAUGGAAAGCGUUCUGAAAGCAGCGGACAUCACUGCAGCCCUUGAGGCAUGCAAAGGCGCCGACUCGUUCAGCUACAAAACAUUCUUCGCUAAAGUCGGCCUGGCCGCAAAAACUCCUGCUGACAUCAAGAAGGUUUUCGACAUCAUUGACCAGGACAAGAGCGGCUUCAUUGAGGAGGACGAGCUGAAACUGUUCCUGCAGAACUUCUGCAAGGGUGCAAGAGCGCUGACGGACAAGGAGACAAAGGAAUUCCUCAGUGCAGGCGACACCGACGGCGACGGCAAAAUCGGAGUAGAGGAGUUCUCUGUCGUGGUUACUAAAAAGUAACUGACCAGCACAUCUUGCUUCGAAAGGAACAACAUUGCCCAAGACCUCCCCUUUUCAUCUGAAUAUAAAUAAUUUUUAUACAUUUGCUUACGACAUGCCUGCAGAAUGUUUAAUACCAUGCAGCACACUGUUCAAAGUGGUGAUUGUGAAUGUAGCGCGGUUGUGUUUCAUGUCUUAAAUAUGAAUUUUGCUUAUUGUAAAAUCUAUGAUGCACUUUUCGGGAACGGAACGAUAAGAAAAGAAUAAACAUUCUUUUGCAAUAUAAA